GCUGUAAAGUUGAACAGAAACAUCUGUCAUUGAGUUUGCCAUUGAAACAAAAGUAAUUACUAUAGAGCUCCGAAACAUUGGAAUUAAUGCUUCUGCAAGAACUGUUCAGUUACCAAACACUUUGACCUCCCCAAGAGCCUUCUUCAAUGUCACGCAACGCAUAAACUUGGAAAUUCAAACGUGCUCUAUAACAAAAGGCAUUUAAUUAUUAACUAUUAUCUACAGGUAGUCCGCAGUUUGCGAAGCACCGGCUGGACAGCGCGGUUUUGAAUGAAGCCAAUUUUGUUUGAUUUGUUUGGUUUGUCUAUGGAGGUCUAUAGUCUAUAGUCCAUAGUCGUCACGCAGUGGAGGAAGGAUUGCGUGACGAGCAGUAGGAUCGUCUGAGAACUUUACGAUAUUUCUGUAAUUUCAAACUGGUAAACGGUAGAAAAAGUCGGAAUUCAAGUAAAUAGCCAAGCACUACAACUUUGUCGUGUGUGCUCCUCGUAUCAAAAUGUCGUUUCAAGUUGCUCCUCCGUUCCCCGACCACGUGACCAAAACGGUGUCGCCUCUAUCCCAGGCUCUCACCAAGAGUACAGAUCCUGUGCUGUGUCGGUUUCUGCUUUUAUAUUCUUCUCUCUGAAAGAGCUUUGGAGGGUGAUGAUGAUGGCAGAAAGAGAAGGGAAUUUCUGUAUCGCAGGGUCACAGAUCAACUGUUGACUUGCUGAUGAUGGAUUCAUUUCAUUUCGGUGAGGACUAUCACGACAAGUUUGACCCAAAAGCUUACCUUAAAAAUUACAGUCAGGUGGAAUCAUACAGUGGUGAAUUUUCGUUAAGAUGCUUUCAUGAAUUUUGGUCGAAAAUGGCAAAACGAAACGUAAGAGUUCUCGACUUUGGUGGGGGACCUGCCAUCUACGAUCUUAUAAGUGCGGUACCAUAUGCCGAAGAGAUCAUCUUUGCCGAGUACAGCGAAGAGAAUCGGAAAGAAGUAGCCGCUUGGAGAGAAAGAUCACGUGAUGCUCACGACUGGUCGCCAUAUUUCAGUUUUGUUGUGCAAAGAUUUGAAGGCAAGGGAAGCGAAAAAGCGUUGAUUCGAGAGGCUGAGCUAAGAAAGAAAAUAACUCAUAUUUUACCGUGUGAUAUCGCAUUGGAAGACCCCGUGAGAUGGCCCUCAACAUGGACUUCUCAGCUUGGCUUGUUCGAUGUCGUGACAACAAGUUUUUGCAUUGAAGCAGCCGUGAAAUCUGAAGUAGAGUACGGGAAUGCAAUUGCCAAGUUGAAAAAAUACUUGAAACCGGGUGGAUAUCUGGUCAUGCAUAGCUCCAUAGGUGAGACUUUCUACACCGUAGGCAAGGAAAAGUUCCGCUGCUAUUUUGUGAGCGAGAAUCAAAUCCGAGAAAUAUUACGCAAGGAGGGCUUUUGUGAGGUGGCCGACAUGAAAUUACAGGCGGAACCAACAAGCGAGUUAUAUGAUCGUGAAAAACUGUACUUUGUUAGCGCUAAGGUCAAAAGUGUACAAUAGAGAUAAUUUUGGAAUGACUUUAACAUUCAUGAGUUGCCUACAGUUGAGCUGGGUUGGAAUCAUGAAGUACUCAGAGAAAAAUUAAAAUGCAAAUUUAUUGAAGAAUAGUUUCACGGUUCAGCAAAGUGGCAUGGUCUGAGUCACGCCGAGCACGAGUCCCCUGGCCUGCAGUUUGCAAAGCAUGUGCUGGACAGCGUGGUCUUGAAUGAAGCCAAGUUUGGUUUGUCUGUCUCCCAGGGUUUGUCAGUACGGAUGUAUGGGUUAUUGACCAAGCUUGUUCGGUCAAGAUGGCUGGAUAUUGGCCAAGUUCUUUUUUUGCGUG